AUGAACAAAAUUAUCGCUAAACGUGGUAGGGCUAAAGGGUGCAUUACGAAUGCAUCAUCGUAUAUAGACACUAUCGAUACUACAACGACCCUUUCCACGUUAGAAUUUCGCCUGAAUAAACUCGAAGAAUCGUGGCAAGAAUUUGUUAGCUUACAAAAUGAUUUGUUAGACCAUAUAGACACGGAAGGGUACGUAGAUCGCGAAUCAGAGUAUGCUGAGUAUGAGGACAAAUAUUUUCGUACACAUGUGGCUCUUGCAAAUGCUAUUUUUGAACUUAAGAAAGAGCAUACCGAUAACAAGUUGACCCCCUCACAAAGUACAGCUCAAGAAAACAAUCGCGGGGCUCCUAUAAACGCGGCUUCUAUAUCUACUCAAUACACACCACAGGAUGUCCCUGAGGAACAUACAGAUUUUCCAAUUCGACGUGCAUUGAAUCCGAUUCAGCUACCUAAAAUCACAAUUGAACCGUUUUCUGGUGAUUAUAAAGACUGGCCAACUUUCCGCGACAUGUUCUUAGGAACCGUUGACUCAAAUAUUACUUUAUCACCGGUUCAAAAGCUACAUUUUCUGAAAUCAUUCCUUCGUGGACGCGCCGCGGAUUUAAUCAGUCAUGUUAAAUGUUCUGAAGCAAAUUACGUUGAGACAUGGGAUAGGUUGGAAAGACGUUAUGACCAAAGACAUUUAAUCAUUAAAUCUUUCAUUGAUUCAUUUAUCUCACUUCCGAACUGUUCUAACGGAAAUAUCGAAUCGCUUAAUAAAAUCGCGGACGGAGCGGAAGAAGUUGUAAGAGGUCUUAACGCGCUUGAUUGUAACAAUAGGGACCCUUGGCUCAUUUAUAUGUUGCAUGAAAAGUUGGACUUUGAAACCAAAAAGGCAUGGGCUGCAGAAACAGGUUCAAGGGAUGAUAAAACGAUAAAUGAGUUUUUGGAGUUUCUGCAAUUUCGAUGUCGAUGUUUAGAAACUUGCCAACCAACUACACGUCCCAGCCAAACUCGUAGUGUAAAGUCAUCUAAGGCAGUUUUAUCACAUGUCGUUGAAAAUCGUUCAGUAUGUCUUAAGUGUAAAAAGGAUCAUUUACUUUCACAAUGCCCAGAAUUUAAAGCUUUGACAGUAGCUGCACGUCGUGAAUUUACUAAAAAUUCUUCUUUAUGUUUUAAUUGUUUGAGACAAGGGCAUUCGUCUAGGAGAUGUCGUUCUAACUCCCGUUGUAGUUUGUGCAAUGCUAGGCAUCAUAAUUUAGUACAUUCUUCCGAAAAUACACCUUCGAGGCCUUCAGAUCAAUCUGUUCCGAAUUCUACUGAAUCGAAUCAGAAUUCUGAACAAACUGUUAUUGCAAAUCAUUCUAUUGAGUCUUCACAUCGUACCACAACUAUUUUACCUACAGCUGUUGCUUGGGUUAAGGACAAAUCUGGGAAUUAUCACAGUGUUCGUAUGCUUCUCGAUUCGGGAUCGCAAGCAUCAUUUGUAACCGAAGGAGCAGUUCAUCGGUUAGGGCUUCCUCGUAAAAGGUCUUGCGUUCCAAUAAUUGGAAUAGGUUCUGCCUCUGCAGGCCAGACAAACGGACUAGUAUCUCUUAAUUUGCUCUCGCAUUAUAGUGCUGAAUGUAUCAACGUUGAUUGUUUUGUGUUGCCAAAAUUGACUUCAAACUUACCUGUCGUUUCAAUGAAUCAUAUUCCUCAAAAUUUCGUAGGCAUUGAGCUGGCUGAUCCAACCUACUAUAAACCAGGCCCUAUCGACAUUUUAAUAGGUGCUGAUAAAUUUUUUGAUGUGAUUAAGGGAGGAUCAAAGCAUAUUUCGAAUUUGAACUUGGUGUCGAUUCCAACCAUUUUUGGUUGUGUCAUAGCUGGAGGAAUACUGAAAUUAUCUGAUGAUAGCGUACAAUUUAGUUCGCUUUGCACCAGAAUAGACCAUGAAAAGGUAUUUGACCUGGAACGUUUUUGGAAAGUUGAGGAAAUCUCAGUUGAAACUCCUUUGUCUGUGGAAGAACAAUUGGCUGAAGAUUUGUUCGUUAAGAAUACAACUCGUCGUUUGGACGGUAGAUACGAAGUUUUUCUACCCUUUAAGCCUUCGAUGGCUCUCGAGUUUGGUAAUUCACUUGGAACUGCAAUAAGUCGAUUUUAUUCGGUUGAGAAAAGGUUCCAAAAUAAUGAUGAUUUAAAAUCACAGUACUGUGGUUUUAUAAAUGAGUACUUAGCUCUAGGCCAUAUGGAAGAAAUUCCAUCUAACGAACUGAAAACAGAUCAAAAUGCGUAUUAUCUUCCACAUCAUGCUAUUUUCAAAGAUGAUAGCACAACAACGAAAAUUAGAAUCGUCUUCGAUGCAUCCGCUAGAUCAAAUAAUUCUAUUUCAUUAAAUGAUUCUCUUCUCGUUGGACCCACCAUACAGCGUGACCUAUUUUCGAUUUGUCUUCGCUAUCGGCUGCAUCUAUACGUUAUAUCCGGAGAUAUAGAGAAAAUGUAUAGGCAGAUUUGGAUUACAAAAGACCACACAGAUUUUCAACGGAUUGUUUGGCGGAAUAGUCCCACGGAACCGUUGAAACAUUAUCGCUUACUCACUGUAACCUACGGUACAGCCUCAGCUCCAUUUUCCGCUGUUCGUGUUUUGAAGCAACUCGCCCUGGAUUCCGCUAUAACUUAUCCUGUUGCAUCGAAAACCUUGCAAAAUGAUUUUUAUGUUGACGACGUUGUAACAGGAGCUGAUAAUAUCGAUGAUAUAUUUGCUCUGCAAUCUGAGUUGGUAGCAUUAUUGGGCUCAGCAGGAUUUAACCUUCGCAAAUGGACAACCAAUUGUCAACCUCUUCUGUUAAGGUUACCGGAAGAUCAACGCGAGCUCUCUCCAGUGGAUUUUGAGAACUCGACCUCGGUGAAAAUUCUUGGUUUGCAGUGGUGCCCAUCAAGAGAUUGCUUCUCUUAUAAAGUGAAGCUGAGUGAUAGUACUGCCUGUACGAAACGUCGUAUACUUUCGGACGCAUCGCGUUUGUUUGAUCCACUCGGUUUUUUAGCGCCUGUUAUCGUUGGAGUUAAGAUUAUUUUCCAAGAGUUGUGGAGAAGAAAAUUGGCAUGGGAUGACGAGGUACCCCAGGACUUGGCGCUUCAAUGGACUACCAUACGAGAUGAACUUCCCACUCUUGAAUCAUUGUCUAUUCCAAGGUUAAUGGUAAAAAAUAAAUUGAAUUGGGAGCUGCACGGCUUUUGCGAUGCGUCAUUGGAUGCAUACGCUGCGAGUGUUUACUGUCGAAGUAUUUCGUCAGAUGGUAUGAUUUCUGUAGAACUUGUAGCUGCCAAAUCAAAGGUUGCUCCAAUCAAGGUUUUAUCUUUACCUCGGCUCGAGUUAUGUGGGGCUGUAUUACUGACUCGUCUUAUAAACAAAAUAAAGUUAUCUUUGCAGGAACCUAAUAUUAAGACAUUCGCGUGGACAGACUCUUCGAUUGUGCUUCAUUGGCUAUCAGCACCUCCCAAGAAGUGGUCAGUGUUCAUUGCCAACCGAACGUCAGAGGUGUUAAGCUCCAUACACUUCAAACAAUGGAACCAUGUACGCACCACUUCAAAUCCUGCAGACUUGGCAACCCGAGGAAUAUCCCCAUCAUCUCUGGCUUCAGCCAACCUAUGGUGGAAUGGACCUGUCUGGCUGAGUAAGGAAGUAGAUCAGUGGCCCGUAUCAAACUUGAAGGAAAAUAUAAAUAAGGAACACCUAGAAGAAAGAAAAGUAUCUCUGACACAGACAAUGCUACAAGGUUUUUGGAGUCGCUGGCAUCGGGAAUAUUUAACUUCACUGCAGCAGCGACCAAAAUGGCAAACAUCAAAGCCUAAUCUCCGAGUUGAUGACGUUGUACUAUUGAAGGAACCAAAUUUACCACCAUCCAAAUGGGUCAUCGGGAGAAUAAUAAAAACACACCCUGGAGACGACGAAAGGAUCAGAGUUGUGACCGUGAAAACCAAAUUUGGAGAAUAUACCUCAGACCAGUCGUUAAGGUGUCACCACUGCCUUUUUCUGAAAGACCCUAAUCUUUCAGGGGGGGCUGUAUGUUUUGGAACCAAAAUUGCAAGACCAACUGCAGCAAACAACAACAACUAUGUAUAAAACAUAUUUUUUGUCAUUA